UCAAGUGCUCAAGCCUCAAGAGCUGCCGUGCUUGCCGGAAAAGCUGGCCAAAUCCCAAAAUUUUAAAUGGAUCACAAUCAGAGCGUCUCCUUGCACGAUGAUUUGGGUCGGAUCUCGCGAUCAAACUAUCAAGGAAACGCCACAUUUCUGGGUGCCUCAAGAGAUUUCUGGAUUGUCCUCGCCUCCUCAGUUGGGGGUAUGGUUCUAUGCUUCCUGAUGACCUUCCUUACAGUCGAGAUCAACACUCGGCGCAGGCGAAUGCGAGAUAGUGACAUCGAUGAGGAGUUGCCAACGGACCCCAUUGCUAAGCCCUUCGUGAAUUCCGGCUGCACUCGAAGAAUGGUUUUCAAGGAGCUCCGCUACGGUCAAAGCUUCGCAUUCCAUGCAGACCUGGCCUUGCGGGGAGCAUUGGUGGCCACCUUUUGUGCUUCUGCGUAUGUCUUUGACUUCUUGUCCUGGUGGCAAAAUCAAGGAUGGUCAAUGAGCUACGUCGUAGUCAUUCUGGCUUUUACCCUGUAUUUGGACUUGGGCAGCACCGUGCUUUCUGCCUGGACGGGCUUUUACGGCACUGUCAUUGCUGUGCUCAACUGUUGGCUUAUGUUUGGACUGUAUCCUGAGGGGGUCAAGAAAGAAGAUAUGUCAAGCUACAUCUUCGGGUGGAUUGAUUUUUUUGUGGUCGUUCUGCUGAUGUUUGCCCUCGGAUUUUCGACAAAUGCCAAGAUGUACGCUCUGUCAUGGCAAGCGUAUUUCUCCAUGUGUUUUCUGAAUCCUUUCGAUGCCACAGUCUUCAGCCGUGGUAUUUCCGAUGUGAUGCUGCAAGCCGCCGAGACUGGUGCACUGAUGGGCACAAUAAUAGGCUGCAUUUUUGCAGUGUUCCUGGCCAUACUCCCAAAAAACAUUUCUGCAUUGAGCAAGGCCCAGGACAUGCUUCUUGACUUGACGUGGUCGCACGGAAGGCUGACUCAACAGCUUCUUGAGAGGGGAUGCCUCAGUAUGGGCCCCCAAGCUGCUGUGGUCUUCUCGGUCGAGGUGCAAGGCUUGCAGAACCAACUCACAGAGAUCAAGAGCCUUUUAGACACGAGCUGGUGGGAGUGCUUUGAUUUGGGUGCCUCUGGCCGAGCGCGGCUGAUGAUGAUCGAAAUUUGCCGGAGCCUGGAUCUAAUCAAUGACUGGCUGGAAAGCAUGGUAAUGGCCGUGCAGCAUAGCAAGUUAGCGAAGGAUUCGGUCCAUGCCUUGGAUGCUGUACAGAAGGAAUUGAUGUUGCUUCAGUUUAGCACUAAAGAUGCCUUUCGGCGAAGUGUGACCGCUGCAGUGCAUGGGGACCUGGACGCUGACACAGAAGAGCGCUUAGAAUACUGCUUGGCAGAGUUGGAGGAGCACCAGAUCAAGCUGAAUGAAGGAUUCAAAAGCAAGAUGAUGCAGAGAGAUUCUUGGAAGCAAUUCUUCACUCCAUCCCACCUACCACAAUUCGCGUUGGCUGCCAGCACUAGCGCCUACAGCCAGAAGGUGUCUGAUAUGGUCUUAUCGCUGUCAGAGUUCGAGCCUCAAGGUGCGAUCGGACCUUGUCGAGGCUUGCUGCAGGGCAUUUGGGCUCUCCCAGGAAAAGAUUUGACAGCUUUGGAUGCCAACAUAAACGUUUUGAAGCUCUUGCUCACCUACACCUUGUGCUUUGUUGUUGGAAGGUUUGGCAUUGGGGCAGGCUACAACACCCAAAGAGCAUUUGUGCCGCCAUACAACGCCACCCCUGCAGGGACAGUGGCGUAUUUGAUUUUUCAGGGUGGAAAUCAGGCCGCCGCAAUUAAGAAGAACAUGGACCGUUUUAUGGGCGUGUCCUUCGGCACGAUGCUGGGCGCCUUGACCAUUGGCACCGCUGCCAACAUGCUUCCGCACGUUGGCUGGGGAUGCGCAGCAACCCUGUACUUGAUACUCUUCCUUUCCUUUGAGUUCUUGGCCUUCUACACCUACUUCUCCUCACCGAGUUUCUUCUACGUUGGCUUGAUGUUUAGCUGCUUCUAUGCAGGCAGUGCCUGCCAAGGCUUUCAGGGUCUGGAAAGCUUGGGCAGAUCAGGCUACCAAAACAUCAUGAGCCAGCUUCUGGCCAUCCUUAUCGCAACCUUGAUGGACGUGAUCUCAGACAAGUCCUUGAGCAUCCGCGCCACAGCCAACUUGGAGAAAUGGAUCGAGGUGGUGCAUGAGGCACUUGCUUCCUACCCAUUGAACACCAGGGCGGAAUCUUCGGAGCUCCGGAAAGAAGGCCUUGCAUUCCUCAGCGAGGCAAAGUUGAAUGGCGCGUCGGCUGCUCGGGAGCCACGGUGCUUUGGGAUGCCAUGGCGAGAGGAGCUGUGGAACCGCAUAAUGACCAUUUGCUCCGAGUCAUGGAGCUGCCUGACCAUUGUUGGCACGACGGAGAACCCACGGACCGAGCAAGAAAAGUCGCUGCGGCAUUCCGUUGAUGUUUUGAUGAAGUCUCGGAACUUUCAGCAGGCGCUAAGGGGUCUUGAGCACCGAGCUCAAAAAGCCUUCGAGCUGGCUGUGGGUUUCAUGUGUCAGACUUACUAUGAUGAGAGAAAUCCUCAGCUGAUUGAGAUGCAAGAGAAGAUGCUGAGCCAUAGUCCACCUGCAGAUGCAGUCCCGAAGAUAAUGGCGGAGAUACAGCCCAGUUUGACACUGCAGGACAAGGCCAGAAUCCUGCUGGACAACCAAAUUUGUGCUGUUGCUAUGUUCCUUAUGAUGUUUGAGGCCUUGUGCGAACGCCAGGAAGACUUGGAGAAGGCUCUUCUGGAACAACCAGAAAUGUGGCAACUCCUGGGAGAGGAAGAUAUGGAGACUCUUCUUGAAGUUGAAAGCAGUGACGACUGAUGAUGAUUGGCUGGGUGAAGAAAAAGCCGUAGAUGCUGUCUGAAAUGGACACAUAUGAAGAAAUGUCGUUUUAGAUGCUCUCCCGUCAAGUCGAGAGGGUGGAACAGGGCGGCGGCAUCCAGUUUUUGGCUAUUAGCCCCAAGAAGAGUGACGGGAUUAACGAAGACACCUUCUUUUUUCUGCAGAACACUCUGAGGCCCGUGCGAGGUAUUUAAAACAAAGAUUCAAAUCGCGAGUGCGAGGAUCAUGGAGAGUUUGGUAGGGACACAAGGCACCUA